UGCAAGCCCUUGUCCGAGCAAGAGGUUCUCUCUUUCUUCUCUACGCCUUUCUUCCUUCGUUUCAAACAUCAUUUCGGCAUCAUUCCCUUGUUUUCUGGGGUUCCGUUUAAUUUCACUUUGGUGCCACUUGGAGGUUGAUUUUCCAUAUAAGUGGGCAUGAGAUACUGUCAAUUGGGCCCCUGAAGGAAAUUUGGUCUAAUGUAUUUUCUUGAACGAAUAUGUUCAUGGUGUAGCCGGUGGAAGGAAUUGAUCACCAAGCGCACUUCACCAUUGGGCAUGACGUUUAUUAUUCCUUUUUUCGCCCUUUUUUUUCGUCUACAUCAUCCUCCGAGGUCGAAGGUGUUUCAAGUUGUUGAAUGCUAUGCCUUUCCUUUCUCAGCCAGCCGUUCAUUACAUUUACAAAAGGGAAAUUUCACCAAACAACUUUAUAUUAGAAAAUCUCUGUUAGAGUGAACGAUUUCAGUUAAUUUGUGAUCUUAGUGUGGUUGGAAAUAGACGCCUAUAUGAUGGAUUAUAUGAAUUAAAGCUGUCUUCAUUAACGACUCUUUCUUCCUUGCGUGCUGACAAAGUUAGGACCAAAAGAGUUGUUAAUUAAAGAGACAUCUUCCAUUGGUAAACACGGACAAAUGGGUUAUAUUUAAAGGACAAGAAUGAGAAAAUCAAUUGAAUGGCAUCUCUCCGCAAUAGAUUAUAUAAAUUUUGGCAUGUAAGUAUAUUCCAAUAGAAAUAAGUCAUUCAGAACUAAGGCUCUAUUUGGUUUACCAGAAAACGUGGAGGAAAAGAAAAAUAGUAGAGAAAAAGGUAAAUAAAGGAAAAAAAGGUUCGAGGUUUUAGGUUGGAGUCUCAAACAAUAAAUAUGUUACAAGGAAAGAAAAUGUAAUCUAGUAAAAUUUUCAUCCACUUCAUCCCAACCCUUUUUUUAAACAGAAAAUGAAGAGUUUUGAAAUGUAUAAACUUCCCCAAGUUUCCAUUAUAAUUUUUUUGUCUUUCACUAUUUUCAUCAUAAAGAAAUGAAAAUUGAUAAUCCUUUAAUUUCUCCUUUUCGUAUAUGGCCCCUAAGAUCUAAAUAAUGCCUAAAUGAAAAGGGUCUAACAUCUAGUAAAAUAAUUUUGGAAAUCAUUCACUGGUUUAUUAGUGGGCUGUUCUGACCUCAUUUAGAAAUGAAUACUUGAUCCCUGUCAUUGAUGACUCAUGAUUGAUAGAUCUAGUGCCUAGAGAAAUUAAUGUUCUUUAAACAAGGGAUACAUUAAUUUCUCCCUUGUUUAAAGAACAUUAAUUGUUCUUUAAACAAGGGAUGAAAAACACUAUAUUGGUGCUCAAUUGAAAUUUUUGAGCUUGUUUUGCUUUAUUUGCCCUACAACAUGAGCUCCUAAAUUGUGUUCUUGGACUAACUAUGUUCAGCUGUAGUUGCUGUGUGCUAUUUGUUGCACAUGCGUGUGUGUUAUGUGUAGAGGGCAUCAUAGAAAAUUUUCAAAAAUUUCUCCAAAAGAAAAAAAUGACACAUUAUAUCUAAGGUAUAUUGGGUGAUAAAGAGAUUAGAGAGUGAUUAGAUGAAAUGAAAAUAGUAGAAUCAGAGGGAGAACGAAGAUGUCUAGAGGAGGUAGAAGACGGUUUACUGUGGAAUCUAAAGCUUAUGAUCUUGUGAUUGAUGAAGUAGGAGGAAAGCUGAGAGGAUGCAUUUGGGAGAGAUGUAAAGGGCUAUCAUCUUGGAUCAGAUUUGGAGAUGCAAGCCUCAGUAGUCUGCUGGUAGGUGUGGAGUCCUGCUGUAGAGAUAGAGAUGAUAGUAAUUGGUCCCUCGCAUGGGAGGAGGAGAAUAGGAAAUAUAGAUUGGAGCGUCGUACAAAUGAGGCAGGUAGAUUCAUUCUCUGUUCUGUUCGUGAUUUGGAGGCAAAAAGGUUUUGCUUAAUUUUUCCAGAAGGAAAGAGGCUAUUUGGAGGAUGGAACACCUUGGCUGAGAAGCUGAGAGAGGUUGGGGUAGCUCCUUUUAGAGGAGUAAAGGACCCUCUUUCUCUUGAGGUGCUGAAGAAGGAAAAAGAGCCUGAUCAAAGGACAUAUGCAGAUGUAGUAAAUCUGAGAUUGGGGAGACUUGGGGACAAGGUUUGGCUGGAAAGGGGAGGGAGGGUGAAGCCUGGUAGAUUAGAGCAGCUUGGUCGUUGCUUAGUGGGUAGAUGGGAUAAGGUGGAGAACCAUCCUCCUGCGUUGGUUUUUCUGAAAAACUGGGCUGUCCACGCUUGGCUCCUCAAAGGAAAGCUGGACAUAGCUGUAAUGGGAGGUGGGCUAUUGCUAUUUGAGUUCGAAUUGAUGAGUGAGGCCGAGCGUGUUCUUGCUAGAGGGAAGAGAAAGGUUCUAGGCAGUGUUUUAAUGAUGGAAAGAUGGCACCCGGAGGUGGGGUGUUUCAGCAAUGGUGUUUUUGCUAGAGAGGUAUGGGUGAGAGUGGUAGGUCUUCCCCUUCAUUUAUGGAAUCGAGAGGUGUUUAAGUUGAUAGGAGAUGGUUGUGGUGGGUUCAUUGCUGUGGACAACAAGACGGAAUCAAUGGCAGAGCUGCAAUGGGCUAGAUUGUUGGUGAAAUCGGUGGGCAGGGACACACCUUCCUCCGUCCAGAUUGCGGAUGAGAUGGGGUGCUUCUCAGUCCAGCUGUGGUGGGAAUCCCCACCUUGGUUCUCUCAGGUGGUGCCGGCGGGAAGUGCUCUCGGGAAAGGGGAUGCAGUGGCUGUAGAAGUUGCAGGGAGUGGGUCUCGUGAAGAGUGUAGAGGAGGCGUGAUCGUGAAGGUUGGACAGCCGAUGGAGCAGAGGGGAGCAGGUGAGCCGCCCUGUGGUAGUUCUUCUAAAGGGAUUUCAGGCUGUCCAUAUGAGUUGGCUGGUAGGGGGCCUGGAAAGGAGGUGACUGGUGGAGAAGACAGCUGCGGGAUCAGCAGUCGAGGGGGAGGGAAGUUAGCAAACAUGGGAGGUUUUAAAUCUGGGCCAGCUGCUUGUGUUUUUGGGCCUGAUUGGGAGGCCCAAGCCAGGAGCGGGCUUGGAGAUGGUGGUCUUAAGUCAGAAUUUGUGGGAGUCCAGACGUUUGGGCCAGAUUGUGAGCCCAGGCCCAUCACCUUAAAAGGGUGGGUAAUGGGCUGCGAGGAAAGGCCUUUCCUCAUAAAGGGGUUGAUCGAGGGCUGCGAAGAGAGGGCCGACAUAGGUUUUGAACCGGUGUUGGGGGGAUUAAGAGAAAAUAGGGCUUCUCCUCGUGCCGAGGUCGGGGGGAUGGAGAUUAGGGCUUCGAUGGAAGCUUCGGGUGGCCAAGUUAAGGAAGACGGGGGGAUCGCUUGCAUCCUUGGAGGAGAUUGGAGGGAUUCCGAGUCUCUAAUGGCGAAGGCGAGAGCGCGGAUGUCCGAAGAAGCGCUGCUAGCUGAAGCAUCCAGGUACGAGCCCGUCAUCGAUGUUCUUGGGGGGGUUCGGGUCCACUUCUCUUCUUCUUCUCUUUCUGGGUGCGAUCGGGCUAUGGUGGUGGGGGUUGUUAGGGAUCCGGUAGUUAUUGACGAAGAAGAUGGGUAUCAUGCUCCGUUGCGAGCGUUGUUGACUGAUGGCAGGCCGUGGGAGAUGAGUACAGAGGGGGGAAAGAACAGGGGUGUCAGGUCAAAGGAGAGUGAGGAUCUGGAGGAAGAAGAGGACCAGGGCAGCGGUUGGGAUGACAGUAGCUUGGCUAAGUUCAGCAAGUCCUUGGGAUUCUCGACAGUUGGUGUUGAGGGGGAAGUUCUUAAACUUCUGUUAAGGCUGAAAUCAAGGAGGGAUCAAGGCAAGAAGAAAGGAAGUUCAGGGAUGACUAGGUUUGAUAGGGAAGUGAAAAAAUUGGAAUGGUCGAUUAAUUAUGAAGGAGAAAGCAGGAAGAAAGGCUCGGAUAGAAGAAACGGGGACAGAGCCCUGUGCCUCAAAUGAAGAUUAAAAUCCUAUCUUGGAAUGUCCGGGGGGUGAAUGACAGAAAUAAGAGGAGUUCAAUUAAGGCCUUAAUUAGAGCCCAAAAAGUGGAUUUGGUAUGCCUGCAGGAGACUAAAAUGUCUCAGAUGUCUCUAGGGGUGGUGAGAAGUCUUGGUGUGGGGAGAUUUUUAGAUUGGGGAGUUCUAAAUGCGAGAGGGGCAGCUGGAGGGGUGUUGGUUUUUUGGGACAAAAGAGUGCUGGAGCUGGAAGGGAUGGAGGUAGGUCUUUUCUCCGUCUCCUGCCGGUUCAAAAACUGUGAAGAUGGUUUUAAUUGGAUUUUUUCAGGAGUGUAUGGCCCUACAGUAAA